CCUAACUUAAAAGUGAACCCAUAUGAGAAUCCAACCUCUUCAGCGUCAGGACAACAAAAUUUACAGAUGCACAGAAAUGAUCAUGAUUUACCGUUAUCAACUUUGGUAGCUAAUCAAAGCCCCUCUAAGCCAAAAAAGAAUCGCCUUAUAAAAAUAAAUUGGAGGCCUCACACACUACGAAAUCCCUGCAAAACGCCAAGAAAGCUAAGAGAGCAAUUGUUGUUGAAAACGAUAAAUAAUACGUCCGAAAGUCAGGAAGCAAUCAGAUUAAGACCAUUAACAUUAGUGGAGAUAGCGCGAAUGUUGAUGAUACAAGAUGUAUUGUUUGUAAUGAAAAAUACAGUGAGAGUGGUGAAGAUUGGUACAGCUGUCACGAGUGUUCAAUGUGGGCACACGAGUUUUGUGGUGUGAUGGAUGAACUCUAUUUUACCUGUGCAACAUAUGAAGGGUAGUGUACCUUCUUAGGUUACGCCUUGUCCCAUCUUAAGAGACUGGUUUCU